GGGCGCGGCUAAAUGCGGAGGGCGGGUUCGCCUGUCACUCACGGCUCGCCGCUGUCCCGCCGUUGUUAACAAGUCCUCCGAGCUGGGAAGGUCAUGCUGCCCAACACCGGGAAGCUAGCGGGAUGCACGAUUUUUAUCACGGGUGCAAGCCGAGGCAUUGGCAAAGCUAUUGCGUUGAAAGCAGCGAAGGAUGGAGCAAAUAUUGUAAUUGCUGCGAAAACCACCCAGACACACCCGAAACUCCCAGGCACAAUCUACACUGCUGCUGAAGAAAUUGAAGCGGCUGGAGGAAAGGCCUUGCCGUGUGUUGUUGAUGUGAGAGAUGAACAGCAAAUCAACAGUGCGGUGGAAAAAGCUGUCGAGAGAUUUGGAGGAAUUGAUAUUUUGGUGAACAAUGCGAGUGCUAUCAGCUUGACCAACACGUUGGAUACUCCUACAAAGAGAGUGGACUUGAUGAUGAAUGUGAACACCAGGGGAACCUACCUCACAUCCAAAGCGUGUAUUCCUUUUUUAAGAAAGAGCAAAGUAGCUCAUAUUCUCAAUCUCAGCCCACCCCUGAACCUAAAUCCUCUGUGGUUCAAACAGCACUGUGCUUAUACCAUUGCCAAAUAUGGCAUGUCUAUGUGUGUGCUUGGGAUGGCAGAAGAAUUUAGAGGUGAAAUUGCAGUCAAUGCCUUAUGGCCUAAAACAGCCAUACAUACCGCUGCUAUGGAUAUGCUUGGAGGGUCUGGCGUGGAAAGCCAGUGUAGAAAAGUUGACAUCAUUGCGGAUGCUGCGUACUCCAUUUUCAAAAGGCCAAAAAGUUUUACUGGCAACUUUAUUCUUGAUGAAAAUAUCUUAAAAGAAGAAGGAAUAAACGAUUUUGAUGUCUAUGCAAUUAAACCAGGCCAUCCCUUGUUACCAGAUUUCUUCUUAGAUGAACAUCCUGAUGAAAUUAUGAAGGAAACAGAAUCCCAUGAUCCUGUGCGGGAAGUAAAAGAAGAGAAACCGCGGUCAGAGCCGCAGCCACCACCGCAGCCACGGCUACAGUCACAGCCACCACCGCAGCCGCAGCCGCAGCCGCAGCCGCAGCGACCACCACCGCUGCUGCAGCAACAGCAACCACCGAGACCACAUUUUGGAGCUGUGGAAGAAACAUUUAGAAUUGUUAAGGACUCUCUCAGUGAUGAGGUCGUCAAAGCCACCCAAGCAGUCUAUCAGUUUGAACUCUCAGGUGAGGAUGGUGGCACAUGGUUUCUUGACCUGAAGAGUAAGGGUGGGAAAGUUGGACAUGGAGAGCCCUCCGACCGGGCAGAUGUGGUGAUGAGUAUGACCACCGAUGACUUUGUCAAGAUGUUUUCAGGGAAGCUGAAGCCGACCAUGGCAUUCAUGUCAGGAAAACUGAAGAUUAAAGGGAACAUGGCCCUAGCAAUCAAACUGGAGAAGCUAAUGACCCAGAUGAAUGCCAGACUAUGAGGGACAAGAAGCAAAAAUGACUCGUAGAAGUAAAAAGCUCAACAGUUAAAAAUCUGUUGUCUCCUCCACUGUCUUAUAAGGACACAUAUGUUUGUUCUGGAAAAAUUAGAAUUUCUGCAUCUAUAAGACUUGAAAUUGUAAUUAAAACAGCUAACCAAUCAUGUAUAAGUCUCACGAAGUGGCCUCCUAAUAUAUUGUGUUUUUUUUCUUUUUUCAGUUUUUUCCUAUAAGCCUUUAUUUCAUUCAUGCUUUCUUGCAUGAAAAGUAAUAUUAUGUAUCGAGCACUAGAAUUAGCUAUUUACAAAACUUCUCAUGUAAAAUGAAGUUACUUUAUCUUCACAAAGAGCUGGGUGAAGAAGUACAUCUCUCUCUUAUCCACUGCCCCCACCUUCUUAAAAAAGGACUUUGUCAGUGUAUAAUACUUGCAGGCAAAAUUUUGUUUAACUUAUAACAAGCAUUUUAUAUUAUUGAUACUAUUCUAGAUAUCUUUAAAAUUUUAGCUUUUCCCUCUUUUUUCCAGAUAGGGUUACCCAGCUGGCUUUGAACUGAGGGCAGGUCUCCUGCCUCAGCUUCCUUAGUGCUAUGAUGACACACAGGAGCCACCAUGCCAAGCUAAAUUUAGUUUUCAAGUGCUAAUUUAUAGAAUUAAUUUUGCGAGUAUGCCUUAUGCCAGGUAGUAGUUCUCUCUGCUCACUACCUUAGCAGCUUUUUAAAAACAGAUUCUUUAAAUCAUGUUACCUUCAAAUAAAGAUGAAUUUAUCUCUUUUUCA